UCACAGGGCAGUCCUAUAUUCCCUAAAAGCCGAAGCAGUCUCGCCAUUCCCCGUCUCGACAACGACCAAUCUUUCUAUCAUAUCCCUAAUUCGAGCGACGCCAAUUACGAUGCGAUUCUCGUCACUAUUGACUCUGGCGUGUGCCAUCGCCGCACUUGUCCUCUCUCUGCUGUGUCUCUUUGCGGGUUCCAGCAAGUCAUUCAUCCAAGAUGGCGAUCUUCUGACUCUGAAUCUCUCCCGAAUUGGUCAUACUAGCCUCUUCAACACGUCAAGCAGCAGUGAUGACUCCCUGGGGGGUCUACUGAGCAGCCUCGAAGGAGAUCUUAACAGCCUCUUGAGCGAUGUGGCCUCUGAUAUUGCCACUGCGCUGAAUCUCCCCGACUUUCUCAACGUUCAUCUCAUGGAUUACUGCGAAGGGACUUAUGAGCCCAAUGCGACGGUGAAACAUGCUAGCGAGAACAUCACUUUAUGCUCCAACCGGACGUUGGGCUACCACUUCCAACCUACCAAGAUUAUCCAAGACCAUCUUCCAAGCGGGAUCACACUGGACGAUAUCCAUUGGCCGCAGGAGGUAGAGAAGGCAGAACGGGAUGUCAAGAUCGCAAGCAUCGCCAUGAUCGUACUAUACAUCAUUGGCAUCUCAUUUGCUGCCCUUGCAAUUUUGGGAGCUCUCUGGGGAAUUGUCACCGAAGGUCGGCUGUCUGCUUUCACCAAUUUCGUCAUAGAUCUCCUUGCUUUCCUCACUAUCGGCAUAGCAUCAGCCAUUGCGACCGCAAUCAUCGUCAAGGCCGUCGACGCCGUGAACAAAUACGGGAACGAUAUCGGGAUCGCGGCAUUCAAAGGAAGAAAGUUUCUGGGAAUGACCUGGGCGGCCACUGCAGUCAUGCUGUUGGCGUGUGUCUUGUCCAUUGCUCAGUGUUGCGUAGGGAGGUCAAGAAAACAGCGAUCUGGCAGGAAAGAAGUAUACUGAAAGUUUCGUGAAGGGAACUGCGGUUAUGAUGCACACGAAACGAUGUGUGUUUUUCUCCAUGUUGUAAGAUAUUUGCGUGGUUGUUUGAGCGUUUGAGCGUUUGAGCGCAGCUUCAUGUUUUUGCCUCAUAUAGACCAACAUCUAAUGCAACAACAAUACACCCUGAUCUUUGGUGCGAC